UCUCACUCGUUAAAGGUACACGGAAUUGAACGCGAGUUGGUGAAUUUGGCAAGGGAAAAAAUAAUUUGUGUGUAAAGAAUUUGUGAAAAAAAAUACUUAUAUAUAUGUAUAUUUCAAUUCGCAAAGCAGAAAAGUGAAUGAAAAGCGCAGCUGUUUGGAAAUGAAAAUGAUUUUAUUAAUAGCAUAAAACAUAUUUUUUAACUUGGAAAAUCGCUAAAAACGCAAAAGACAAUUCAAAGAAAAAUCGCAUAAUCGGCAUAAAACGCAUGAAACGGUGCAACGCCCUUUUGUGUACACACCAACAGACCAAUUGAAAAGUGCAAACAUUCCGAUUUCGUCGACACUUGACACAGAUUAAUUGUGCAGAAAGACUGAAAAUCGAUUUUUUCGUCACAAAUUUCGGGUGCAAUGAUACUGAGUGUGCAUUGAUUUUCUACACAUUUUCCUUUUUUACUGUCGCCAAAGAAAUUUCACCCAAAAAGCGAAUUUAAUCUAACUCUGACGACGCUGAAGCUAUUAACAACUGCCCAAAAAUUGUUAAGAUACAUUUUUUUUGAAAUUUUUUUCAAACUAAAGACAGCUUAAAUUUUCUUACAAAAAAAAGAAAAGAAAAGGAAAUCGAAAAAAACACAAUACAAAAUUGAAAACAUUUUUUUUUUAACCAUAAAACCACAUUCGAGUGCUAACUAACGCAUUUUCAAAGAAUUUCCAACAAAGUUUUCAAACAAACCUCAACAACGGAGCCAAUACUAAAAUUCCAAUUCCAACUAGACGCUCCGGACGAGUCCGCCUAUACAGCUGGGCGGCGGCAUACACGUCAUACCAAAAAGACUACGCCGCAUCGGUAGCCGAAGUGUAUUUUGAGGGUUAUGUCAAUUAACUGUGUAGUCUCAACUUAAAUAACGGUAUAUAGAAUAUUGAAUCAAUGGCGUACUUAAUUAAUAUACUUAAAUUUAAUGUGAAAUACUUAAAAAGUAAUUAAUAACCGUUAAAGGCAGCAUUAAAAAUAAUUACAAAUACAAAAAUCGUAAUCAUCAUAAUAAUCAUAAUAAACUGUCCACUGACGCACAAAGCACAAAAGAGAAUAAUAAAAAAAAUUUAACUAAUUACAAAAAUAAAAAAUAGCAUAAAAGAACCGUUCCUGCAAAAUGGAUCAAUAAGCAAUUACAUUAAAAGCCCAACAAGCCAAAGUCAACAGGAAGAUAAAGAAAAUAACAGUUAUAGAAAGAGAAACAAAUAAACUACAAUCAAACCGUCAAACAGUCCAACCGCAGCAAGCGUCUUUAUCGAUUACCAUUGUUUCAAGUACCACAUACAUACCUUAAAAACCUAUAUAUACAUAUAUAUAUAUAUAUGUAUACAUGUAUAUAACUUGCCAAUUACCUACCCGUAAGUGCGUACCCUUACCGUUUGGCUGGUUUUAAAAACUUUUCUUCAUUUUGGGUUUUUCUAUUUAUUUAUUUUUUUCUUUGAAAACCCCUUUGAAAUCUCUUUACUUCGUCCAUUGUACAUAUUUACGCUCAACGAACUGUGCAUAAAUACAAGAAAAAUAUUUAAAAGUGGCCAUUUGGGGCAACGCGUCCAAUUAUACAAUGGAAAAAUCUGAACAAUUUUCAGAUUAUCUCUUUGCGAAAAUGGGCCCGCCCAGUAGUACAACCGUCAAUGGCACCGAAUUGCCACCGAAGACAACUGAACGUAGUGGGGCGCCGCGUGAGCUUACCGGCUACCGGAAAUGGUUGCGGGAGAAUCUAAUGUUGCUGGUGACGCUAUCCGGUGUGCUGUUGGGUGUGAUUUUCGGUUUUACGCUGCGACCCUUGAAUUUGCAUGAGGAUUCCAUUAUGUUGAUCUCCUAUCCGGGCGAGCUGUUCAUGCGUGUUUUGAAAUUAAUGAUUUUGCCUUUGAUCAUAUCCAGUUUGAUUGCCGGUUCGGCGAGUUUGAAUGCACGAAUGAAUGGUAAAAUUGCACUUCGUACAUUGGUUUAUUUCGUUGCAACUUCGUUCAUGAAUGCUCUGCUCGGCAUCGCUUUGGUGCUACUCAUUCAUCCUGGUGAUCCUAAUCUACAUAAUACCGCCGAUCGUUCCACUGAUAAAAGGGCUGUGAAUCUAUUGGAUAGCCUUUUGGAUUUGGGAAGAAACGUCUUCCCAGACAAUCUAUUUCAGGCAUCCUUUCAACAAGCGCACACUGUUUAUCUUCCUAAACCCAAUAUUUUACACACAUUUAAUGAGACACUCAACGACACUGCGAUCGGUAGCGAAAUGGAACCAACUGAGGAGUUACAAACCCAACAACAACAGCAAGGGAAUGACGAUGAGGAACCGGCACUGAUACGUGUAGUACAAUAUCGCAGCGGCACCAAUACACUCGGCAUUGUGUUCUUCUGUCUGGUGUUUGGCACCAUUUUGGGCACAAUCGGUGAGAAAGGCCAAAUUGUGGUGGAUUUCUUUACAGCCGUCUUCGAGGUCAUCAUGAAGAUGGUCACCUGCGUGAUGUGGCUGACACCGAUCGGUAUUAGUUCGGUGAUAGCUGGGAAAAUAUUGGGCGUUAACGAUUUGCAUUUGGUCAUGGAGCAGCUGAUGUGGUUCAUAUUGACAAAUCUGAUUGGCGUUUGUCUGUAUCAAUUCAUUAUAAUGCAGGGGAUUUAUUUUGUAUUCGUGCGACGCAAUCCGUUCAAAUUCUAUGCUGGACUAAUACAACCCAUGCUGACCGCUUUUGCGACAGCCUCAACUGCUGCUGCUCUACCCAUCACAUUCCGUUGCAUGAACGACAAGCUGCGUGUGGAUCAGCGUAUUAGCCGUUUCGUUCUACCAAUCGGUUGCAAUAUCAAUAUGGAUGGCACGGCUUUGUUCAUUGCUAUCGCUUCGAUUUUUAUCGCUCAGAUGAGUGGCAUACCGUUGGGUUUUGGUGAAUUGGUUACUGUUCUGUUAACGUCGACUGCUGCUUCAAUGAGUUCGGCUAGUGUGCCGAGUGCUGCUUUGGUCCUGCUACUGGUCGUGCUCACCGCCAUUGAUGCGCCCGUACAAGAUGUCACUUUGCUAUUUGCUGUCGAUUGGUUUGUUGAUCGUAUGCGCACCACCAACAACAUGCUUGGCGAUUGCUAUGCAGCUGCUGUCGUCGAGGAGUUGUCACGGAAAGAGCUAAUGGCACUGGAUGCCGCCAUUCUCUAUCAGGAAGUGCCAGUUGGUACGCCAAAUGGCAAUGUCUUGCUUGAGGGGCAAACCGAGUUGGAUAGCAAAUGUUCAAUGAGCGAUUCGGUGGUGAUCGAUAUCAAUAAUGUGAUCAACAGCAGUAAUUUGCAGAAGGAGAGCACUGGCUAUCGCGCUUAAGUUAAGAUUAGUUUUGUUUGUAUAACACUUAUAUAUACAUAUAUAAUAUAUAAACAUCUUUACACACUUAAGUAUACCCACACUUACAUGCACUCUUAGUACAUAAUGUCAUACAAAAAUAUUUAUAUACAUUAACAUAACUCUGGUAGAAAAAUAGAAAAUUGUGUGACAUGAACGUCAUCAAAAAGUCACAGAUGAUCCAUAAUCUCUAAAAGUCUUGACUGAUUUCCCAUUAAAGCUGUUGGGUGAAGUGAAUGGAGCAUAAAAAAUAUUGAAUUAAUAUGUGAGACAGGCAGAUGAGUAUUUGAUUUGUAUAAAAAAAAUUACCGUUAGAAAUGCUAAACAGAAUUAGUUGAUUUUUAGGUAAAAUUAGAAUACAAAUUUAUAACAUUUCGGACUUCAGUAUACCUAAAAAUUUGUGAAGGGCAUAUAUAGACCAAAAAAAGUAAAAAGUUCGUUCGGUUUUUUUUAUUGAUUUUUCAAAAUAUGAUAAGUUUGUGUACAUUUGUC